GAAAGGAAAAACAGUAGUAUAUUUUAUAUGAUAGGUCUUUCCAUCCUACACGCAAAGUACACCUUAUCGGACUUUUGAAGCCUUAAGGUUUGUACGGGUUUAUCUCUCUCCAGUAAAACAUGUUUCGGAUUGCAGCCUCAGUUUAAUAUCCAGCUCAUGAUUUGGUUAUGACAAGUGUUUUAUUUCCCUAAUCGGAGGCGGCCCACCAGCUGAGCCCGCUUGGCCCAGGUGGGAGCGCUCAGCUCCAAAAGAAGCAAUGAAGCCGAGGCUCGGCGCCGCAGCUGAGGCAAACCGUGCCGGGGGAAGGGGGGAAUAAAUGAGGCGGCGCUCGCUCGGGCUGAGCGGCUCCUUCGCUCGCCCACCACCUCUCCUCACAAGCGGAGUUUCAUUUAGGCGGGAAAAACUCGGCCGAGACAGUGAACAACAGCCCCUCCUCUGUUUUGCAGUUAAAGGCUAAGGAAAAUAAUACAGUCAAGAUGGAAAAUGGAAAAGAUCAGAAAAUACCAUGUGAGAUGAAAACUGAUCUGAAUUUACUACUUGAAUGUCUAAAAUAUCAAAUGGAUCAUCCUACUACUCAGAAAGAGGCAUUGGUUACUAUUUAUUCGGCCUGUCAACAAAACAGUGAUGCAAGUGAUUAUUUUCGAGAAAUAGGUGGUUUGAUGUUUGUAUAUAACCUUGCAAAGUCAAGUGUGCACAGCAUGGUAAAGGAAGCUGCCUUAUUUACAUUAGGAGGUUUAGCUGAGAAUAAUGUAUUCUGCCAACAGACGUUAUGUACUUCUGGAUCAUUUGAAGACCUUCACAGACACCUAACUAAUAAUGAUUCCAGUGUGAAUUUGAAAAGAAUGUCUGUUUAUUUCUUAAUAGCACUGGUUUCAAAUAACAAGCGUGGGCAGAUGUGUGCGAGAGAGUCUGGUUGCCUUAAUGCUCUGCUUCAAUUAUUCAGAACAAGUCUUUCAGUAUGUGAUGUGAAACUUUUGGAUCAAAAAAUUAACGAAUAUCAUCUGUGGUCUUCAACUUGCAGUGCUCUCUGUGCAAGUGUAAAUAAUCCCCAGAAUGAGGAGAAUCAGAAAUUUUGCAGUUUGGUUUUUCCUCAUGCAAAAGACUGGCUGCAAAGUAGUAUAAAGCCUGAGAUAGUUCGCCCAGUAUGUUCAUUCAUUGGGCUCACAGUUGCAAAUAAUUCAAGAAUGCAGCAAUUUUUUGUUUCUGUUGGUGGAUUAGCUGUUUUGGAUGAGCUUCUUGUGAAAUUGAGACACAAUUCACUUGCAAGCACGAAACUUGCCGUAGUGGUGACAAAAACGAUUGAUGCCUGUAUUGCUGAUAACUCUGCUGUUGGAAUUAACCUGCCAAGGUAUAAUAUUGUGCCAAAUCUCCUAACACUGCUUUCUUACAAACAUCUGGAUGCGGGAGAAAAAAAUAGUAUUAUACUUACCCUUGGACACUGUACAGAUGGCUGCGAGGAAAAUCAAUUUGCUCUGGUCAAGAACAAUGGCCUUCCACUUAUGAUUCAGGCACUAACUGAAUCGCAGGAUGAAGAACUAAAUAAGGCUGCCACCUUUGUGCUGCAAAAUUGCAAACAGAUCACUGAGAAGUUGUCACUGAAGUUAGGAAAACAUUCAUUAAAACUGGAUGAUGCAGAACAGUUGAAGGUUGAUUGGCAGAACAGAGAGAUGAUCCUUGAAGACUACUGGGACAAAGCCAAAGAAAUUUUGCGUAGAAUCGAGGGACUUGAAAAUGACCAACAACAGAAAAAAGUGAGAAGACAAAUAUUAAUUGAUGAUAUUCCCAAAGAAGUGAUUCUGCAGACUACCCCUAUGCAUCUUAAAGAAAAUGCAAGCAAGCCAAAUUCAAGUGACAUAACACAUACAGAAGUGAACCAACAAUUACUAGAUUCCAUGUCUGCUAAACCGAUUGCUACUAAAUUUGUAAAAGACUAUUCAAAGAAUGAAUUUCUAAAUCCUGCCAAUAGGAAUCCAACUGAUGCGUCAGUCAGUCGAAAUGAACUUAAUCUUCAUGCAGCUGAUAAAAUGAGGACACCCAACAUAACCCACCAACAUAAACAUAUUACAGAUAAAACCACUGUUGGUGAAUCUAGCAAGUCUGAAGUACAAGUAAGUGAAUUAUUGUGUAAACAGACAGAUAUUGCAGGUAAAAGAAGAACUCAACUGGUACAAAAUACAGAUCCAUUAUGUUCAAGAAUAACAAGCAGGAGGAUAAACUGUAAUCUGUCUGCUUCUAAAAUAGCGGAGUUUCAGUGCACAGGUUGCAUAACAGUAGGAAUUCCCUUAAACAGCCGAAAUUUUAGCAAGAUUUUGCGGUCUUGUCAAUAUCUAUGUGAACAACACAAAGUUACUCUAGAAACUGAACUGAAAUAUAAAAGGAAGAUAAAAAGAUCUAUCAUCUCUAGCAAGAAUACUUCUACAGACUGUAAUGAUCUUCAAACAAAACGGGAUGCAUAUUCAAAGAAACAAAUAAUCCAACAGAAACACAGGCUUAGAGACCAGGAUCUGAAUGAAGAUCAUACUUUCUCAUUUGAAGAUGGGGAAACUGAUAUUCAUCUGCCAGAUAUACCUGCAGUAGCUGUUGAAAAAAGCAAACGGAGAACUAGGAAAAAUUUUACAUCAGAAGAAAUAAGAUUUCUUUUGGAUGGUGUAAAGAAAAUGGGCCAUCACUGGAAUUUAAUUUUAUGGACUUACCCGUUUCAGAAGGGAAGGACAAAUGUUGACCUUGCUAAGAAAUACUGCCACUUACAGGUAAUAUUUGAGAUUAAUUUUGUGCUAGUAUUUUACACCUUUGGGACAGGAUGAGAGGAAAGGAAAGAACCAUUGGGCUGACUUUGAAAAUUAUUUCUCUUCAGUGGAUGGUGGUUAUCCAUUAGUGUUGGAGGCAGGACUACGCAAAUAAUGACACUUGCCCCUACAAUGUGAGUGGCUUUCACUGAGUAAAAACCAGAACUUGAAUCCAAGUAGCCAUUUACUUCUGUAAGUGUAAACUAUGAAAGUAUGGUUAUAUUAAACUCAAAUAUCAUCGCUGGGACUCAAUAGUAUUUUGCAAUAAUAUUAAUUGAUUGUACUUCAAUCAAUUUUAUUGUUUAUAACCAAUGAAGAAGAAGAGUUUGGAUUUGAUAUCCUGCUUUAUCACUACCCUAAGGAGUCUCAAAGUGGCUAACAAUCUCCUUACCCUUCCUCCCCCACAACAAACACUCUGUGAGGUGAGUGAGGCUGAGAGACUUGAAAGAAGUGUGACUAGCCCAAGGUCACCCAGCAGCUGCAAGUGGAGGAGCAGGGAAUCAAACCCAGUUCACCAGAUUAUGAGUCCGCUGCUCUUAACCACUACACCACACUGGCUCUCAUUACAAUGAGACCAUUUCCAUAAAAACAUUUAGAUAGUACAUUUCAUUUCAAGAAGAAAUACCAAGGCUGUUCUCAAGAAAAUGUUUCAUUUAUUUGUCCUGGGGUUGGGCAUAUUGGCUCCACCUGGCCUGGCUGGAUUGGCCAGGAAUCAAAUAGCCUAUGGUGGGAAAGCCCACCAAUCUCCUGUGGCUGGCCUGGGAAUUCCCCCACAGCCAGCUGCAUAGCCCUGAUGUUGCUCCCAAGGGGGAGGGGCCUGGCGCAACAGGCUGCAACAGCCACCCACCCCUGUGACCGGGUAAGCAGCCAUUUUCAAGUGAAUAAAAGCCAACAAAAUAAGAAAAAUACAGUCAUACCUUGGGUUGAAGUUGCUUAAGGUUGAGGGUUUUCAGGUUGCGCUCCACGGCGACCCAGAAGUAACGGAACGUGUUACUUCCGGGUUUCGCCACUCGCGCAUGCGCAGAUGGUCAAAAUGAGGUCACACACAUGUGCAGAAGCGGCAAAUCGCGACCUGCGCACGUGCAGACGCGGGUUGUGUUCUGCUCUGGAUGCAAACAGGACUCUGGAAUGGAUCCUGUUCGUAUCCAGAGGUACCACUGUACUAUAAAGCCAAUUAUAAAAAUACAGCGACCUGUAAUUAAAAUAAUUAGCACAACAACUACAUUAAAACAUCCAUAAUUAAAAUAUAUACCUAAGCAAGCCCAUCAGAACAGCACAAUAGCUAAAACAGUUAAAGCAGCAAUCAAAUCAGGAUAGCAGGAAAAUGUUUGUCCAAACAGGUAUGUCUUCAAGAGUUGGUGAAACGCCAAUACCAAUGGAACCUUCUGUAUUUCAGCAGGGAGAAUGUUACUGACCGGGAGUCAGAGACACCUGAUCUGUACUGUAGCAAUGAGACAAUUGUUGAGAGGGCCUGGAUUAGCUCCACCCAUUUAAUGGAAUUAUGCCCAGUGUUCCUUUCUCCUUUGGUGAUGGAAGUUAUUCAAGAUGUAAAGCAGCACUGUGGCAUCCCGUGAAAAUUUCCACACAAAACUACUAUUGCCACCUGACAAGUGGAUGCUCCAAGCCUGGGAUGCCUCCUUCCCAGAACUAGCCUGGGAGCUCUUCCCAUUCCUCUGCACCCAGUUUACAUUUUCUUCUCCAUACAAGAAAGUCUGCUGCGCUGUCAGUUGAAAAUGUCCCUUGCCAAAACUAGCCCAGCAGCUCUGCUUUUCUGUGCAACUGGUUCUGGCUUUCUCCUCAGUAGGUCAUGCAGCUAACAUAUGGCAGAAACCGCCCUUAUCAGGGUCACAUAAAUUGUCAGGUAAGCAAA